AUGGAUCGCGAACAAUUCCGCAAUGCCGCGCAUUCGGCCAUCGAUGACAUCGUAAAUUACUUCGAUACUGUCCCGGAGCGCAGAGUUCUCCCCGCCGUUGACCCUGGAUACCUCCGUCCUCUGAUUCCCGAGAACCCUCCCGCCGAGGGAGAAGCCUGGGCGCAGAUCCAGGAAGAUGUUGAUUCCAAAAUCAAGCCGGGUCUAACACACUGGCAGUCACCCAACUUCAUGGCGUACUACCCCGCCUCUGUGACUUACCCGAGCCUUCUGGGUGAGAUGUACUCAGCGGCCUUUACGGCCCCAGCUUUCAACUGGUUGUGUUCGCCGGCUUGCACCGAAUUGGAGACCAUCGUCAUGGACUGGGUCGCUCGCGCAUUGGCUCUGCCCGAGUGCUUCCUGAGCACAUCGGAGAACCGCGGCGGCGGCGUGAUUCAGAACAGUGCCAGUGACGCCAUCGCUACGAUGAUGGUGGCCGCGCGGGAGAGGCGAGUGCGGGAGUUGGUUCUGGCAGAAGGGCUACAGGAGGGUACAGCGGAAUAUGAAGAGCGGAAGAUGGACCUCCAGCCGCGCCUGGUGGCUAUCGCGAGUGACCAGACACACAGUAGUGCAGCUAAGGGCGCCUUGAUUGCGGGCACUCGGUUCCGCAGCGUGACGACAGGGUUGGACAACAAUAUGGAGAUGACUGCCUCCCGCCUGCGCGAGGUGUUGGAGAAGUGCGACCGGGAUAGACUGACGCCGUACCAUUUGACCAUGACCUUUGGCACCACCAAUACCUGCAGUGUUGACCGUUUUGCCGAGAUCAAGGCAGUGCUGCAGGAGAAGCCUGCAUGGCAACGGAUCUGGGUGCAUGUCGAUGCCGCGUACGCCGGCGCGUCUCUGGUGGCUGAUGAGUUCCAGUACAUCACAAAGGACUUUGCGGAGGGAGUCGACAGCUUCAACAUGAAUAUGCACAAGUGGUUGCUGGUUAACUUCGAUGCCAGUGUCCUUUUCGUGCGUAAUCGUCUCGAUUUGACCAACGCUCUUGACAUCACCCCGACAUACCUCCGCAACCCCUACUCGGACCUGGGCACGGUGAUCGAUUACCGCAACUGGUCCAUCUCACUAGGACGCCGCUUCCGAGCUCUGAAGAUUUGGUUCGUCAUGCGUAGUUAUGGUCUCAACGGCAUGAAAGCCCACAUCCGCAAGACCGUCGAGCUUGGUAACAUCUUUGCCGACCUCGUUCGGGGUCGGUCGGAUCUGUUCGAGAUCGUCACGAAGCCAGGUUUCUGCCUCACAGUCUUUCGCAUUAAGAACCCGCAGGCAUCUCGCUCGUCCGAUGGCGUGAUCGAGAAGGAUGAGGUGGCUGAUGGGAUCACCAAAAAGGUUUACGAGUUGAUCAACUCGCGGGCGAGAUCUUCAUCACCUCGACAGUCAUCGACGGGGUGUACGUGA